ACCCCGCCGCGCCUCGGCGCUCUCCUCUUUAUCUCUCGCCCCGAGGCCCUGCCUGCUUCUGACCACCGCGGCGCGGAGCACAAAGGCACCACCCUCCUCCCCCCUCCCUUCCCAGCCCGCAGACCUCUCCUGCACGUCACGAAACCCGAGGCGAGAGCCGGAGCCCCAAUCCAAGAAAGCAAGGCCAAGCAGUGCCGCCUGCCUCGCCGUCCAAUGCACCUGCGCGCGGCGGCGUCAAUGGCGGCCUGAGCGCGUGUGCGAGCGAGCGAGCGGGCGAAGGUUGGACGGGCUGCGCACUGCGAUGGCGGACCCGGCGGCGGACGGUAAGGCGGAGAAGAUGGCGAACGGGUCGGCGGGGUGCGAUGCGGCGGCGGCGGGGCAGGGCAAGAAGCGGGCGGACCAGGCGGUGGCGUUCCACGAGCUCUUCUCCUUCGCCGACCGGUGGGACCUGGCGCUCAUGGCGCUCGGCACCCUCGGCGCGCUGGCGCACGGCGCCGCCAUGCCCUUCUUCUUCCUGCUCUUCGGGGACCUCAUCAACGGUUUCGGCAAGAACCAGACCGACCUCCGCGCCAUGACCGACGAGGUCGCCAAGUACGCGCUCUACUUCGUCUACCUCGGACUGGUGGUCUGCGUUGCCUCCUACGCAGAGAUCGCGUGCUGGAUGUACACCGGGGAGCGGCAGGUGAUCGCGCUCCGGAAGGCGUACCUGGACGCCGUGCUCCGGCAGGACGUGGGGUUCUUCGACACGGACGCGCGCACGGGGGACAUCGUCUUCGGCGUCUCCACCGACACGCUGCUCGUGCAGGACGCCAUCGGCGAGAAGGUGGGCAACUUCAUGCACUACCUGGCCACCUUCUUCGCGGGCCUCGUCGUCGGCUUCGUCUCCGCGUGGCGGCUCGCGCUGCUCAGCGUCGCCGUCAUCCCGGCCAUCGCCUUCGCCGGCGGCCUCUACGCCUACACGCUCACCGGGCUCACCUCCAAGAGCCGCGAGUCCUACGCCAAUGCCGGCGUCGUCGCAGAGCAGGCAAUUGCGCAAGUUAGAACAGUCUACUCAUUUGUUGGAGAGAGCAAAGCUCUCAAUUCGUACUCUGAAGCAAUCCAGAAUACACUGAAGCUUGGUUACAAAGCCGGGAUGGCAAAAGGUCUUGGUAUUGGGUGCACUUACGGGAUAGCGUGCAUGUCAUGGGCGCUAGUAUUCUGGUAUGCUGGUGUCUUCAUCAGGAAUGGGCAGAGCGACGGUGGCAAGGCCUUUACUGCAAUCUUUUCUGCAAUCGUUGGUGGCAUGAGUCUUGGCCAGGCAUUCUCCAACCUUGGAGCGUUCAGCAAAGGGAAGAUUGCCGGAUACAAACUGUUGGAGGUCAUUCGCCAGAAACCCUCCAUAGUUCAUGAUCAUAAGGAUGGCAAGUUGUUGGCGGAGGUCCACGGAAAUAUUGAGUUCAAGGAUGUUACUUUCAGUUAUCCAUCAAGGCCUGAUGCCAUGAUCUUUCGGGAUUUCUCUCUGUUCUUUCCUGCUGGGAAAACUGUUGCAGUUGUUGGAGGCAGUGGGUCUGGAAAGAGCACUGUCGUGGCUUUGAUAGAAAGGUUCUAUGAUCCUAAUGAAGGCCAGGUUUUGCUGGACAAUGUUGAUAUCAAGACACUUCAAUUGAGGUGGCUGAGGGAUCAAAUUGGACUAGUAAACCAAGAACCUGCCCUUUUUGCAACUACUAUCAUUGAGAAUAUACUUUAUGGAAAACCUGAUGCCACAAUGGCAGAAGUUGAGGCUGCAGCAACUGCAUCCAAUGCUCAUAGUUUCAUCUCUCUCCUGCCCAAUGGAUACAACACAAUGGUUGGGGAGCGAGGAAUUCAGCUAUCUGGUGGUCAGAAACAGCGUAUUGCGAUUGCUCGUGCUAUGCUGAAGGACCCCAAGAUACUGCUCCUUGAUGAAGCUACCAGUGCUUUAGACGCAGACUCAGAGAACAUUGUGCAAGAAGCUCUAGACCGCCUGAUGGUUGGGAGGACUACCGUAAUUGUUGCGCACCGUCUGUGCACCAUCAGAAAUGUAAACAUGAUCGCGGUGUUACAACAAGGCCAAGUUAUUGAGACUGGGACACAUGAUGAACUUUUAGCAAAGGGAACCUCCGGAGCAUAUGCCUCCCUGAUCCGUUUUCAGGAAACGGCACAUAACAGAGAUCUUGGUGCUGCCUCUACCCGUAGGUCGCGCUCGAUGCACUUGACUAGCUCUCUGUCCACCAAAUCUCUGAGCCUCAGGUCGGGAAGUUUACGGAACCUGAGCUAUCAGUACAGCACUGGAGCAGAUGGGCGCAUCGAGAUGAUCUCAAGCGCAGAUAAUAGCCUCAAAUACCCAGCACCACGUGGUUACUUUUUCAAGCUCCUAAAACUGAAUGGUCCUGAAUGGCCGUAUGCGGUGUUGGGUGCUAUUGGUUCUGUUCUAUCUGGAUUCAUUGGUCCAACAUUCGCCAUUGUUAUGGGUGAAAUGCUUGAUGUGUUCUACUACCAGGACCCCGUUGAAAUGGAGAAGAAGACAAAACUUUAUGUGUUCAUCUAUAUUGGCACAGGCAUAUACGCCGUAGUUGCUUAUCUUGUGCAGCAUUACUUCUUCAGCAUAAUGGGAGAAAAUCUUACAACCAGAGUUAGGAGGAUGAUGCUGUCUGCGAUACUUAGGAACGAAGUUGGUUGGUUUGAUGAAGAAGAAAACAACUCUAGUCUCGUGGCUGCUCGUGUAGCAGUUGAUGCGGCUGAUGUGAAGUCGGCGAUAGCUGAGAGGAUAUCAGUUAUACUGCAGAACAUAACAUCCCUGAUGACAUCUUUCAUCGUCGGUUUUAUCAUUGAGUGGAGAGUGGCGAUCCUUAUUCUGGCCACUUUCCCUCUUCUUGUGCUUGCCAACUUUGCUCAGCAACUUUCGAUGAAGGGCUUUGCUGGUGACACAGCAAAAGCACACGCCAAGAGCAGCAUGGUUGCCGGUGAAGGCGUGAGCAACAUCCGCACCGUGGCGGCCUUCAACGCUCAGAACAAGGUCAUGUCUCUCUUCAGCCAUGAGCUGCGCAUACCAGAGGAGCAGAUCCUGCGCCGCAGCCAGACCGCGGGCCUUCUGUACGGCCUCUCGCAGCUCUGCCUCUACUGCUCGGAAGCGCUCAUUCUCUGGUACGGUUCUCAUCUGGUGCGGUCACAUGGGUCGACCUUCUCCAAGGUCAUCAAGGUCUUCGUCGUCCUUGUCGUGACCGCCAACUCCGUCGCCGAGACGGUCAGCCUUGCACCAGAGAUCGUCCGUGGUGGCGAAUCUAUCCGCUCCAUCUUCGGCAUCCUCAACAGGGCGACGAGGAUCGAGCCCGAUGACCCGGAGGCAGAGCGGGUCACCACUGUUCGCGGCGACAUUGAGCUGCGGCAUGUCGACUUCUCGUAUCCGUCUCGCCCUGACAUUGAGAUAUUCAAGGAUUUCAACCUGAAGAUCCAGGCCGGGCGCAGCCAGGCUCUGGUGGGAGCUAGUGGUUCUGGUAAGAGCACCGUCAUUGCGCUCAUCGAGCGGUUCUACGACCCGACAGGGGGCAAGGUGAUGAUCGACGGCAAGGACAUCCGGAGGCUGAACCUCAAGUCCCUGCGGCGCAGGAUCGCGCUGGUGCAGCAGGAGCCGGCGCUCUUCGCCUCCAGCAUCCUGGAGAACAUCGCGUACGGCAAGGAAGGCGCGACGGAGGAGGAGGUGGUCGAGGCGGCCAAGACGGCCAACGUGCACGCGUUCGUGAGCCAGCUCCCCGACGGGUACCGGACGGCGGUGGGCGAGAGGGGCGUGCAGCUGUCGGGCGGGCAGAAGCAGCGCAUCGCCAUCGCCAGGGCGGUGCUCAAGGACCCGGCCAUCCUGCUGCUGGACGAGGCGACGAGCGCGCUGGACGCCGAGUCGGAGAGCGUGCUGCAGGAGGCGUUGGAGCGGCUGAUGAAGGGGCGGACGACGGUGCUGGUGGCGCACCGGCUGUCGACGAUCCGCGGCGUGGACCGCAUCGCCGUGGUGCAGGACGGGUGCAUCAUCGAGCAUGGCGGGCACUCGGAGCUCGUGGCGCGGCCCGAGGGGGCCUACUCGCGGCUGCUGCAGCUGCAGAACCACCGCAACUGAUGGAAGAGCAUGAUUGAUACCAUUUGACAGCUUCGUCUUGGUGGGUGGGCGGAUGGAUGGAGGCUUGAUUUUUGUGGGUGGUGGUGGUCUGGUCUAGUGGGUGUAGAUACUAGGGCGACCGUGUGUUACUGGUCUCUUUUCUUUAUGCUUGAACUGCAAACCUUGUGAUCUGGUCUUGAUCUGUAUCUUCUCCGUGAUGAAAUGCAUGAUGCAACUCUCGUUUUUCUC